UUUAAAUUCAAUCUGGGACAGGAAAACAAUAAGUGGCCUGGUCGAAUAUGUUCUAGAAACAAGCCAGAAGACUCAAAUAUUGACGUUGGCAAGCAUGGAGCCACAAUCAUCGGUCCUCAAGAAGUUCUCGCUCCAUAACAGAUCUAUUGUCAUUACGGGUGCUGGCCGAGGGUUGGGCUUGAGUUUCGCGAGGGCAUUGGCAGAACUCGGUGCGAAUAUCAUAGCUAUUGAUGUUCAUGAUAAACCAGAUGAAGAGUUCCACGAUCUCUUGAGUUAUGGGGUGAAAACAGUAUAUUACAAGUGCGAUGUUCGAGACCCUGCAACGCUGAAGGCGACCAUCGGAGAGGCAGCAAAUAAAUUCGGAUCCAUCAAUGGCUGCAUCGCAGCAGCAGCUAUUAUGACAGACAAACCAUUCAUGGAACACACCGUAGACGACAUGAACGCUUCGUUCGCCGUCAAUGUGAACGGAAUGCUCUCGACGGUACAAAUCUGCGCCGAACAUAUGAUUAAGCAAAAAUCUGGAGGCACCGUCAUCUGUAUAUCCUCGACGGCAGGACACAAGGCGGUAUUUCCUCAAACUGCGACAGCAUACGUCUGCUCCAAACAUGCGGUUCUUGGUUUGGUUCGACAGGCUGCUGCAGAGCUGGCACAGCAUAACAUUCGCGUGAACAGUAUCAGCCCUGGGCCAUUUUUAACGAAGAUGUUGCGAUCAGUGAUAGCGGGCGACCCUGCGCUAGAGGAGUAUUUCUCCGAGGGCAAUGCAAUGAAACGACUGGCGGUGCCAGAGGAGCUGGACGGAGCAGUCGGGUACUUGAUGAGCGAUGCUAGCAGUUUUGUGACGGGCAAUAAUUUCAAUAUCGAUGGCGGAUCUGGCUGCCAUUGAGAGCUGAAUACUAUUGUUCGCCAUAACCGCUCUGGAAAACGUUCAGUUGGAGUUUUAUGUCCUAAUCAGUCUCCAAAUUCCAAUCGAUCCCCCGCUAAUUACCCGC